AUGCGACUGAAAGCCAGCUACACACUCGCAGACACUCGAUGGUUACGAGGGAUCGAGCCCUUUCAGACGAGCUCCGUUGAAUUGACGUCACAAGUGGAGGAAUUCGACCCAUUUCGAAAUUUUGAUGAAACAUCUACGUGCACAUCAUGCCGGAUUCCACUUCCCGAGGAGCGACAAGGGAUUCUCGAUCAUUAUCGCAGCGAUUGGCAUCGUCACAACGCAUCUCGGGCGCUACGGGGACAAGAACCUCUAGCUGAAGAAUUGUACGAAGAAGAGGUCGAAAAAGAUGAAGUUUCCUCACUUUCUUCCGAUAGCGAUGAUGAUGUAUUUUUGGAUCGUUUGCUUGGCUCUACUCAUGAGUACUUCAUUCAAGAUGGACAGGUAUUUUCCGUUUACAAAUGCAUUGUUUCUCCGGAAAGGCCAUUGGACUCGAAUUUUUUCCGAAUGACAACUGACUGCGCCAUUUUCAUGUUAGCUGGUGGACACUUUGCAGGCGGUAUCUUUAAAAGGGGUGUUUUGACGCUACACAAAACAAUACAUCGAUAUACCGUUCGCGCUAAACAAGGCGGAGCACAAUCAGCCAAUGAUUCGAAAAAUGGGAUGGCUCACUCGGCUGGAGCAGCUUUGAGAAGAUAUAAUGAACGUGCUUUACAUACGGGGAUCGAAGGUCUAAUCAAAGAAUGGUCAGCACCACUUUCUUCGAUUCCGUUAAUAUUUAUUCGUUGUGGCAGCUAUCAACGGCAAGCUUUCUUUUCGGAAAGAUUGUUUGAUAAAAACGAUCAACGAAUUAGAUCAUUUCCCUUUGAAACCAAGCGGCCAAGUAUCGAUGAGUUGAAACGUGCCUAUAACCUGCUUGAUUCUGUCUUUGAGCAUGGUACAUAUGAAAAAUUUAUGGAAGAGUUAAAAGCUGCUCAAAAUAAAAAGUCGGGCGUUCAACUUACGAAGAAAAAGAAAGACACGAAAUUAAACGAUAUUAUUGACAGCGAAGAAGACGAGAAGAACGAGAAUGACGAAAGGCAGCGAAAAACAGAAAGAACAGAGAAAAAGAAUGCCGAUCUCCAAUUUGACAAAGAGGAGCGCGAAGUCCUCGAUCCAUUUUCGGAUAUUGACAAACAAUGGAAAUCGAAUGUGUACGCGGUUGUUCGAAAUGACGAUCCCGAGACUUUACAGAAACUUCUGGAAACAUGCCCGUGCGACCGUGAACGAGCCAUCCAAUUCAUCAACGAGAUGGCCUAUCCACCGCUUGGGAAUACGUUAAUGCAUAUCUCUGCAUCAAAUGGUUCGCAUAAAGCGCUUGAGUAUCUCCUACGUCUCUGCUCAAAUUUAUCGAUCAGAAAUAACAACGGAGAUGUUCCUUUUCAGAUGUCACUUGAUAAAUCGAUUCGCCUUAUUUUUAUGAAUUUUCGCGCUAAUUCAAAUGAGGACACACGGAUUGAUUGGCGAUCAACGCACAUUCCUGUGCCAACACCUAAAGCUGAGAAAAACGAAGAGCAAUUGGCACUCGAGCGUGAAAAACGGAAACUAAAAAAGACGAGGCAAAAAGAAAAUCAAAGAACGAAAAAGGCUGAAGAGAAGGCACUUGCAGAGGAAGCGGCAGCAAAAGAAGCGUGGUUGGCCUUGCCGGAUCGAGAAAAACGAGCGCGAGCGGCUGAAGCUCGUCUUGCUGUGUUGGAAAACCUUCAACGUGCCCGAUGCUAUCAGUGUGGCGGCGUUCUACCAAACAAGCCAUUCACCUAUUCAACGUUUGAAUUCUGCGCCCCAACCUGUGUUUCUGCGCAUCGAGCAACUCAACCACCCAAUAAAAAUGUU